AUGCAGGCCACCGGGCACCUAGAGCCCCCCGACUGCAGAGGCUCAUCCCUCACCACCACGACGGAAGCCGACCUCUCUCAGGACAACGGCACCCGGCCCAACGCCACCUUCCCCCAGCCACUGCCCACCCUCUAUGUGCUCCUGCCAGCUGUGUACUCUGCCAUCUGUGUUGUGGGACUGGCUGGCAACACGGCCGUCAUCUACGUGAUCCUGAGGGCACCCCAGAUGAAGACGGUGACCAACGUGUUCAUCCUGAACCUGGCCGUGGCCGACGGACUCUUCACGCUGGUGCUGCCGGUCAACAUCGCCGAGCACCUGCUGCAGCGCUGGCCCUUCGGGGAGCUGCUCUGCAAGCUGGUGCUGGCUCUUGACCACUACAACAUCUUCUCCAGCGUCUACUUCCUGGCCAUGAUGAGUGUGGACCGCUACCUGGUGGUGCUGGCCACGGUACGGUCCCGCCACGUGCCCUGGCGCACCCACCGGGGGGCGAAGGUGGCCAGCCUGUGUGUCUGGCUGGGCGUCACCAUCCUCGUCCUGCCCUUCUUCUCCUUUGCCAGUGUCUACAGCAAUGAGCUGCAGGUCCCAAGCUGUGGGCUGAGCUUCCCAUGGCCCGAGAGGACCUGGUUCAAGGCCAGCCGCAUCUACACAUUGGUCCUGGGCUUCGUGGUGCCCGUGUGCACCAUCUGUGUGCUCUACCUGGACCUGCUGCGCAGGCUGCGGGCUGUGCAGCUCCGCUCCAGUGCCAAGGCUCUGGGCAAGGCCAAACGGAAGGUGACCGUCCUGGUCCUGGCUGUGCUGGCUGUGUGCCUCCUCUGCUGGACACCUUUCCACCUGGCCUCUGUUGUGGCCCUGACCACAGACCUGCCCCAGACCUCGCUGGUCAUCAGCAUGUCAUACGUCGUCACCAGCCUCAGCUACGCCAACUCAUGCAUCAAUCCCUUUCUCUAUGCCUUUUUAGACGACAGCUUCCGCAAGAACUUCCGCACCAUGCUCCGGUGCCGAGGGGCCUGA